GCCUUACUACGUCUCCAUUCCUCUUUUGUGAAUGUUUCAGUUCAAGGUCGAGUCCAGUUUGCCUGUUAAAUGGACUCUUCCCGCUACUUCUAUCAAAAGACCCCCUGCGCAGCUUCUCUCUCUCGCGAUACUGCAUCUCUUGUUGCUAAGGCCGCUGGAUUGUCAGCUGAGGAGCGAGAGGUACUCGACAGUAUAAUAAAAUGAUGCAUUUAGUUUGUCAUUGUCUGAAUGUUUGCAUUCAUACAAAGAAUAAUGUCAUUCAGUCAACUCCCAUUAAUUCAUUGGCUCUAACAAAUGAAGAAACUUUACACACAUUCUUUCAAGGUGGAGUAGCUACAGUGACUUUAGAUUUGGGUGGAAUAACUAUGGCGCAAUCAAUAUUGGUGACAAGUUGCCAUGUUGGUGAGUGGAUAGUAUAUACUUGUGGUGGAUGUGGAUUAAAUACACAUGCUAUUCAUAAAAAACAAAAAACUGAGCACAUUUUAAUAAAUACAGAUAUGACAAAUAAGGAAGAUUUAAAAACAAAACUUACAGAUUUAAAAACAAAGCAAAAUAUAGAAAACUAUUCAUUGGUUUUUAAAAUUAUUCUCCCUGAAAUAAAUGAUAAUCAGCUUGAUUCAAAAUCAGAUGUAAAAUUUCAAAUGAAAAGUAGUAAAACAGAGUCUGCUUUAGCCUCAAUACAGAAACAGGUAGCUACAUACUUGCAGCAAGAACACAAAGCUAUGGAAGAAAGAAUAAGGAUAUUCACUCAACAGCAGCAAAAUAAUUUUGCAGCUUUACAGAAAAAAGUAAGGAGAGAUAAAUGUGCAAUGCUGAGUUUGUUACAGAAACAACAAGAAAAAGAUUUGAAAGAAAGUAUAGGAGAAGCAAUGUCUGAAAAUAACUAUUCUUCCUUAAAUUCAAAUGAUGAUAAUUCUCUGUCUCAAGAAUUAUUUGAAACUUCAUGCAAUGGCCAGUUUAAACCAUUUCAGCUACCUCAAACCAAAAUUGAAGUGAAUACAAGAAAUCCUUCAUAUAAUCGAUCACAGUCAUUUGAUACAAAACAUCAUUCAGCUGGAAAAAAGAAUGCUGCUAAAUCACAGAUGUUAUCAAGAAGGAGAAUAUUUAGUCUGGAUACAGAUGCUGGAGGUAUUUUUGAUAUGGAAGGCUUGGAACAAGAGUUUAAUAACACACCAUUUUAUAAUUCAGAUUAUGAAGAUGAUACUGAUGACAGCAGUACUACAGAAGAAAAUACUUUAAAUUUUCGUAAAAAGUUGCCUAAACAAUUUGCACAAUCUCUUCCAAUUAAAGUUCCAGUUUGGUCACAGUUUAAUCACUCUAGUGGGUCUGAAGAAGAGGAAAAGUUUGUAGUUACUGGAGACCCAGAACAAAUUGCAGAAAGUAUAAAAGCCCUCACUAUUACCGAUGGAACAGAAAUGUUUGGUGACUUACCCCGUCGGCGACUUAAUACAGGAGAUCUAGUGAAAUCAAGACCACUGUGACACAUUUGUCUGCACUUUUUUGUAAUAACUAUUACUGCAUAAUUAUUGUAUUUUUGAUAUACAAUUGGUAUACAGCAACUAUCUAAUGCUACAACUUUUCAAUGGGAUCAUAUUUUCCAGAUUGACCUUUUUCUUUUUUUUUUUUUUUUUUAUAUAUAGCUUUGUGAUGUGAGUAUGAAUGUGUAUGUAUUAUUACAAUAUUUCACUUAGAUUAUUUUGUUUCUAAGAUGCCUGUUGUUAAUGAGGCAUGAUUUCCCACCAGAAUGUAGUUAGCUUGUAACAUAUGAUGUUUAACAAAUGAACAAAUUUUUUCCUUAACCAAAUUUAUAUUUAGUUCACCAAAGAAUAAGUGAUCUGAUGUAUUAUUAGAGUAGCUGUUAACAAGAAAACACUGAGUUGUGCAUUCCAGUGUCUUGAGGUUUGUGUUAAUUUGUGAAUGAAUAUAUACAAAUAAAGUUCUGUUGAGUUUGUAAA